AUGACUACAUGUCACCAUAUAAAAACUCCGAAAUCAGCAGAAGCUUGUUCAUUCAGCAUCGAGAAUACCAAUAUAUUGGAAAAUCCGCGAAGUUAUAAAUCACUGGUACAAAGGUCAAAUGGGGUACCGGACACUAUUUCAGACAAUAGGGUCCUACAGAAGAUGCCAAAUGAAUCUGUAAUUCAGUCUGAAACUGAAAAAAAAUUUGAUUUGGUUAAUGGUGGUGGAAAAGAGAAGGAGGACGACGUUUGUCCAGACAAGUCAUUUCAACGUGGGAAAAAUAGUAAUUGUUAUUCUGAAAUGACAGGCGAAAAACAAUACAUAAAGUCGAAAUCUCCAAUCCAUUUCACAUUGGACAGUCCUGAACACAUUUCAUUAUGUAGCCCUUCAAAGAAACACAAAUUAGAGAAAGCUGAACCAAAAAAAAACGAGGCUGAAAUGAACCUGAUAGAAACAACACAAGCUAUUCCAGAAUACUCAGAAAAGCGUAACAUAGAUGAUAAUAAAGACGAAUUAAAAAAUUUAUCCCCAAGCAUUUCAAACUCAGCAAUAUGUGUUAAACCGGAGUCAGGCGAGUUGAAGUCAGUAGAGGUUAAUGGCAAUGUGUUAGAUGCAGAGAAGGUGGAGUGCGGUUCAUAUAAAAAGGAACAAUCGAACGAAAUCGAUAACGCAGAAUUGAGAUAUGAAUGGUGGAAAAAUGUCCAAAUCCAGAAGAAUCCAACAUAUAAGUGGACAACAUUGCAGCAUAACGGAGUUUACUUCCCUCCACCGUACAAGCCACAUGGUAUUCCACUAAUUUAUGACAAAAAACCCGUAGUUCUUCCACCGGAUGCAGAGGAAUUUGCUACUUACUUCAGUAAACACAUCAAAGGGCCAUAUUAUGAAAGGCCUCGUUUUCGGAAAAACUUUUUUAAAGAUUUUCUAAAGAUUUUGAAUAGUGAAAAAAAAUUCGAGCAUAUGAUCAAAAAAUUUGAACUAUGUGAUUUUUCCCUCAUCGUGGAGCACUUAGAAAAACAAGCUGCUUCUAGAAAAUCGCGCUCAGACGAAGAAAAGAAAUUAGAAAAGCAGGAAAAACUCAACAUUAAAGCCAAAUACGGAUACGCGAUUGUCGACGGGCACAAAGAACCUCUUGGAAACUACAUAGUGGAAGUUCCCAGUUUGUUUUUAGGAAGAGGUAACCAUCCGCAUACAGGACGUAUAAAAAGACGUAUUAUGCCAGAAAACAUCACCUUAAAUUUAUCUGAAGAUGCGCCUAUUCCUGAAUGUCCUAUUCCAAAUCAUCACUGGGGAAACAUCGUCCACAAUCACGAAGUAGCCUGGAUAGCAACUUGGGUUGAAAGUGUAUUGGGUUCCAACAAGUAUGUUAUGUUUGGAGCAGCUUCAUCUAUUCGCGGUUUAUCAGACAGAAACAAAUUUGAAAUAGCCAGAAGGCUUCAAAAUCACAUAGAAAAAAUUCGAGGGACUUACGAAGAAGAACUUCAUUCAGAGAAACAACUAAUCCGGCAACGGGCUACAGCACUGUGGCUCAUUGACAAUCUUGCGUUGAGAGUCGGAAAUGAAAAAAAAGAGGAUGAAGCUGAUACCGUUGGAUGCUGCUCCCUUCGUGUUGAACAUGUCAAACUCGUACCGCCUUCAAAUUUAGAAUUUGACUUCCUGGGAAAGGAUAGCAUGCCAUAUCACAAGAAUAUUGAAGUUCCUAGCAUUAUUUACUCUAACAUGGAAUCCUUUAUAAACUCUAAAAAACCUAAAGAAAACAUAUUCGAUUUGCUUAGCACAGGCAGCUUAAACAAGCAUUUGAAUUCUCAAAUGCCUGGAUUAACAGCCAAAGUUUUCCGUACUUAUAAUGCGUCCAUUACUCUGCAAAAUCAAUUAGACAAAUUUACAGAAGUGUUUAACGAAAGUCCAGAAUCCCAUAAACGGACUGAUAGCGAGCUCUUGCUUUUUUACAAUCGAGCCAACCGUCAAGUCGCUAUUCUUUGUAACCAUCAACGAACAGUGCCAAAGCAGCUAAAUCGGCAAGUAGAGCUGAUAGACCAGCGCAUAGAAAGUCUCAAAGCCAAAAAAAAGGAGAUAAAAGCAUCGUUGAAGGCUUUGGUUUCAGAAGAAGGAGAAGCAGAAGCAGCAAAACCUCAAAGGAAAAAAAGACGGACUGACAAAGAAUCAAAGUCAAAUUCCAGUCGUUCUACAGAGUUGGAAAAAAAGCUGCAUCGUAUCAAUACAAGAAUUCAAAUUUUGACUAUCAACAAAAUGGAUCGAGGAGAAGGGUCUCAAAUACAAAACAGUACUUCGAAGAUCAAUUACAUGGACCCUAGAAUUACCGUUGCUUGGUGUUCAAAGUGUAACUUCGAUCUGAAAAAAGUGUUUUCAAAAACUUUAAUAGAAAAGUUUCAAUGGGCUAUCUCAGAAAUUAAAGAAAACCCUGAUUUUUGCUGGUAA